AGAAGGAAACUCUGUUGUUGCGAACGCACCCUUCGACCCUAUUACGGCCUUCGAAAAAUGGCGGCUGGCAAUAGCCAAUCGUGUAGAAAUGUCAAAUUGUGACGUUAUCUCCAGUGAUAAUUCGCGCCUGGUGUUAUGUAGAAAAUCAAAAUGUCACGUUUAGUCGACUAUUUCAUCGUUACUGGAUACGACCAUGACAAAGACCGUGGUGGCUUCAGCCAAGGAAAAAUUAUCCAGCGAUUCCCUGAGAAAGAUUGGGAAGACACACCAUUCAUUCCAGGGAUUGAACUGUUCUGCCAGCCACUAGGAUGGAUGCUUUCAUCAGAACAGCAAGAACCACGGUUCUUCAUCUCGGUCCUCACAGGAAUUGAUGGCAAUCGGCACUAUUGUGCCUGCUUGAGUUUCAAUGAAGCCGUUUCAAUUACUCCAUCUAAAAUUGAUGAAGAAGAAGAUUCUGCAACUGACUUUAGAAAUUUUCAGUUGCUUGGGCUUAACCGCUCUCUUUCGUCCACAAGUACUCACCACAGCAUUAUGUAUGCCCCAACAUGCCUUGUUCUUGUCUCAAGGCACAACUAUCCAGAGACUUUCCGUAACUGCUUAGGAAUCAUUUAUACAGUGCACAUUGAAAACAUGGGACUACCACUGGAAACCCUAAUUGGCAAUUUGCUGGGUUGCGUUUAUGUCCCGUCUGCGGGUGGACCUCAGAUCCAUUUCAGUAUUGGCGCGAAGGAUAAGCAGUACCUCCAGCCACCGGCUAGUCCAACAUUGCCCGUUACCGGUUCGACAGUUACGCGGUUGUUCCAGCAAUUAGGCAUAAAGAACACGCUAGCUGUCUUUUCGGCCGCGUUGACGGAUCAGAAAGUGCUGUUUCACUCGAGCAGCCACGCGCGUCUGAAUGAGGCUUGCCACGCACUAACUGCAAUUAUGUUCCCCUUCCGUUACGCCUACGUCUACAUUCCCAUUUUGCCGGCUUCCAUUGUCGAAGUCCUCUCGUCACCAACACUUUUCAUUAUGGGGGUCCACUCAUCUUUGCGGAACCAAGUGCCCGAACUGAUGGACGUUGUCGUGGCAGAUCUCGAUGGAGGGUCUGUCAACAUACCCGGAAGCAUAAGUGUUCCUCUCUUGCCCGAACCACUGCUCACGCAAGUUCAUGAAGCCCUAAGCAUGGUCCUUCAGCCAGAGCUACGCAGCGCCGAUUCGGCAUUCCCUGUCUCUUCUGUUCCCAAGUCGGAUUCUUUUUCCCAAGACAAAGAAAUUCGCGCCAUUUUCAUUCGGUCAUUGGCCCAUCUCUUACAAGGAUAUCGCCAUUGUCUUACUAUAUUGCGCAUACAUCCGAAACCAGUCAUUACUUUCCAUAAGGCGGCUUUUCUUGGCCAUCGUGGUUUAGUCGACUGUGAAUUCACUAACCGUGUGCUAGGAAUGUUUUUCAACACUUUUGUGGCUGAACGUGGUCCGUCUUGGCGUGUCUGUGAUGUCUGGGACGAUGUAUACAGCGCCUUAGCCGACCAACUGCGCGCUGAAAGUCACGAUCAAAAACUUGUUCUGACGCACAUCCGCCAGCUAGCAACCCAGCUUACGGCUAACGAAGAACCUUCGCCGCAACCGUUUGCGCAACGGAUUCCAAGACCCACCGAAGGCGCCUUCACCCGGAUCCAUCAGCCGGUAUUCCCUCGUUUAUCGUCAGAUAUCAUCCAGCAGCGCAUUGACCAAGGCCUAGCCAAAGGCAACGCCGAUCUAGUCCAAGCGGCCGUGAAAUCAUCCGCCUCUGCUCCUCGACUUGUCCCUAUGGGGCCACCCUUAAGUGGUCUUCAAGAUUCCCGCCAUCUGUUCAACAACUCUGCUCGUCGUUUAGAAGUCUUGCGGAAUUGCAUCAACUGCAUCUUCGAUAACAAGAUCUCUGAUGCCCGAAAAACAUUUUCGGCAGUUUUGCGCGCUCUAAAAACGAAUGAUGCGAGAUUGGCGUUAUGUGCCGAGCUUGGUCACCACGUGGCCGGAAGCCGAGCCAUCCUUGAUCCAGCUCAAUUUGAUCUUGUCGUCCGUUUAUUAAACUGCGCUCUGCAGGAUACCUCCGUUAUGGAUGAAUACGGAGUGGCAGCGGCAAUUCUUCCACUUGCAACUUCUUUUUGCCGUAAACUUUGCACUGGAGUAGUUCAAUUUGCUUACACUUGCAUUCAAGACCAUCCCGUUUGGCAGAGCCAACAGUUUUGGGAAGCGUCAUUCUAUCAAGAUGUCCAGCGAGAUAUUCGAGCUCUCUAUCUUCCUCGUUCAGAGCCUAAUGCGACUUUUAAUAGCGCAGAGGCCAUCCAAAUGAGCAAAGUGGAAAUGUCAGUGCUAGAAAUCGCUGCCCAACAGAUGAGGAGAUGGCCGUCGAUGAGCGCUGAUCAGCGUUUAGAGUUGGAAGCGAAUGAAGAGUCUACCAUCUAUUCUCAGGCUAUUCACUAUGCCAAUCGCAUGGUCUACCUUCUGAUCCCGUUGGAAGCGGGCGAGAGACGCCGAAGGGAGAGAGCAGUUGCAGGGCACGGAGAACAUGACAGUGUCAGUGCCAGUGUUACGAACACGAGCGUAGCUGACAGCGAGCGAUCUGGUGGCGAUGACGAAUCAGGUUUCGAAGAGGCCGUAGCAGGAGAAACAGGCACCGCAGUUGUUCGCUUCGUAUCGCGUUUCGUCGACAAAGUUUGCAAUGAAGGAAAUGUAACUCCCGAACAUGUUCGAUCGCUGUAUCAGAUGAUUCCUGGAGUUGUCGCAAUGCAUCUUGAAACUCUAGAAACAGUCAGUCGAGAAGCUCAGCGAUUACCUCCUAUUCAGAAACCAAAAAUUCUUACGCCAAGUUUAUUAAACGGCGAACGACUACUCGUGGAAGGAUUGCGAGUCUAUUUACUGCCAGACGGACGCGAAGAAAGCCCCAACUCGGCCGGAAUGGGCCUUCUACCAGCAGAAGGCGCCCUCUUCCUGACGAAUUACAGAAUCAUAUUCAAAGGCACUCCAUGCGACCCACUUGUCUGCGAACAGACAGUCGUACGUGCCUUUCCUGUUACGUCAUUGACGAAAGAGAAACGAAUCUCAGUCCAGUAUUUAGGCCAUCUGGAUCAGUGGCUCCAAGAAGGUCUUCAGCUACGUUCAAACACGUUCCAGAUGCUGAAAGUAGCGUUCGAUGAAGAGGUAAAUUUAGACAGCGUCGAGCAACUGCGGAAAUACAUCCAUCGUGUCCGUCAUCCACCCCAGCCUUCCGUCUUCCAUUACUUUGCCUUUGUCGGCCAGACGAUUGUGGAUGCCACGCCCAUCCACAAAGGCAAGGAAAAAAGCGCCACAUUGAAAGGAAUUGCCAAAAAGACUCUUUUGAAAACAGCCCGCCAAGUCGGACUCAAACCCAAGAGCGCUACCAAAAGGAAAAAAUACAUCCUUCAGCCACCUGGAGUUACCCCAGUUGGCGCAGGUAGCACAAGCGGCAGCGGAUCACUGUUGCGAGAAGAAGAUGAACUCUUGAUGGAUGAAGCUAAUGGCAGAAGCCUCAACCCCAAUGGCUCUGUGGGAGGCAUCAAUGUGGCUCAACAGCCCGAUCCUAAAACACUGGAGCGCGUUAUUGAGCGCAGCUAUUCCAAGGAUUACCAAAGAUUGAAUCUGGCGCCUUCGCCCAACACCACUGGCACACUCACACCUGGCAAAGGCAAAGGCGAUUCAUUCCGGAUCUCGACAGCUAAUAGCAAUUACAGCCUUUGCCGCACCUAUCCGGCUUUACUGGUCGUUCCUUCCCAUUUAUCGGAUGAAAGUCUUGGAAGGGUAGCUCGUUGCUAUCGCCACGGUCGCUUGCCUGUUAUAACUUGGCGCCAUCCUCGAACCAAAGGACUUCUUCUGCGAGGUGCUAGCUUUCACGUCAAGGGAGUAAUGAAUAUGCUGAGAAGUAAUGCCAAUGCGAACUCCGUGGCGACUGCACCACCUGGUCCAAAUGACCCUGUUUCAUCCAGCUUGGAACAGGAACGUUAUUUGAAUGCCAUCAUUACGGCCACACCUGUAGCUGUCCUACGUGAAGGAUCUUCAUGGGCAAUGUCAGACAGUACGCUGAGUAUCACGUCUCUCGUUUUGACUGUUGGAAAUUCCGGAUUGGGAUCUGCUAGUGGUGUGUCGCCAACAGGUGGACUCGAAACUCCCGAUGUGGGCAGAAAGAGCAACUACUUUGGUCAUGGUGGAACAAUUUCUAAGGCAAUGAGUACAUUGCGACAUAAUACCGGUCGCAAAAGCGUAGGCCUUUGGGGUGCCGCAAAGGAUCGACGUUCGGGCAGCGGGACUGCUACACUUGCCAUACCCCAUUCCCCGCAUUUCCGGGGCAACAGUGGAUUGGGCAUCGCAGGAGCAGAGAGCGAUUCAGCUUCAACGACGGAAUCGACCCAUUCAAUACGACGAGCUGCUCUUUACAUUUUUGGCGAAAAAACAACUAUUAAAGCUAUUCGUACAGAUACACUUCCAAAAACGGAUUUCAUCCCGGUUGAUUUUCCCGAACCUCGCAACGUCCGUAACGCUUUUAAAAAGCUAGUCCGUGCCUGCGUACCCAGCUCAGUAAGCUCAGAACCGGACCAAAGUUUCUAUCGAGCAGUUGAGAAUUCUGAAUGGCUACAGCAAUUACAAACCUUAUUACAAAUCGCUGGGGCGAUGGUGGACUUAAUGGAUUUGAAUGGAUCAUCGGUGAUGCUUUGCUUGGAAGAGGGCUGGGAUGUUACUGCGCAAUUGACAUCGAUCACUCAGAUCUGCUUGGAUCCAUAUUAUCGCACAAUAGACGGAUUUCGAGUUCUGAUAGAAAAAGAAUGGCUGGCCUUUGGCCAUCGUUUUUCCCAUCGAAGCCAUCUUAAUUCAAAUUCUCCGGGUUCGGGCUCAAGCUCGUUCACUCCCAUCUUUCUGCAGUUCCUAGACAUGGUUCAUCAAAUUCACAGGCAGUUUCCUCAGUCUUUUGAAUUUAAUCAGUUCUACCUCAAAUUCCUGGCUUAUCAUCAUGUUUCAUGCCGCUUCCGUUCCUUUUUGCUUGACUCGGAAUAUGACCGCGUGGAUGCAGGAAUUAUGGCUAUCGAAGACAAGCGUGGUUCGCUAUCACGUCAUCAUCGCAGCUUCGAUACACUAUCGGAUGAUGAAUCAAGUCUUUUUCCUAACGGUGGACGCAUACUACCUGGUGGUUCCAACUCCCAAUCGUCUGCUACGAGUGCCGGCCAAUCCAUUUUCGAUUACAUCGAGAAGCAGUCUGCCAAAUCGCCUAUCUUUCACAACUUUUGCUAUACAUCCGAAAACGACAAUCUCGUGCUCCGGCCGUACUGUACUGUCUCAAAUCUAGUACUGUGGGAUUAUUUCCUGACAGAAGAGCUGUCUUACGGUUCACCUUACGAUCUUGAGAUCAGUGCAAUGGAUUUGGCCCAAGCAGAAGAGGCUCGAGCGAUGGAGGGACCCAAUACAUCACCCUCCCAUCGACGCACCGUCACUUUCGGCUAUGAUGGAGUUCAACAUCAUGUACCAGACGUCUUUAGCUACAUGCUGGACGAGAUACGCCGACUGGAGACGGAACUUGGCCAUUUGCCACAAAAAUGGAAACUUCUAUGGGAUCGUAUGGAACCGUCGGUUCAAGAUUUUCCAGCAUCUCGACAGGAAGUCAGUUUGGUGGCGAUGGCAAGAGCUCAUGCCCGAGACGUUCACAAACGACAGACAAUGGAAAUUCUGUUGAAAGGUCGCUUCCCUGGCGGAAGCGGCGCUGGAGCAGGAGCCGGCGUUGGAAUGGAAGGUGUCGCCCAGGUUUACACCAACCCGCAUCGCUUUGAAAAGUAUAAUUUCUCCAGCCCCACUAGCUGUGAUUUUUGCUCGCACAUUUUGUGGGGCAUCGUCAAGACCGGAAUGCGCUGCGCUGACUGCGGCUACAACUGCCACGAAAAGUGUAUUGAUCUUGUGCCGAAACACUGUUCUAAAUACCAGACCUCAUCGGGAGGGUUAGGAGGUGGAGGAGAUGGUGGAGGGGGCCCUUCGACCCCGACUGUUAGCCAAUCGGGCCGACCCGGAAGUGUGGACGUCUCUUCAGUUGGUUCCAAUGUUUCACCACACGCAUCUACGUCCCACCAGCACUACGAUCAGUUUAGUCCAAACAUUGCAGAGAAUCGCACACACGAAGGCUACCUUUAUAAGCGAGGUGCCUUGCUCAAAGCCUGGAAGCAAAGGUGGUUCGUGUUGGACUCGGUAAAACAUCAACUGCGGUAUUACGACUCUAUGGAGGAUCCAUGUUGUAAAGGCUUUGUUGACUUGGCCGACGUUGUCUCUGUCGCGCCAUCCGGUUCCGUCCCGCAAGGAGCACCGAAAAAGUUUGACGAAAAGACGCUCUUUGAGGUGCGCACUCAGCGCCGGACCUACAAUUUCUGUGCCAACGACGCCGCUUCUGCCCAAGAGUGGAUUGAGAAAAUUCAAGCUUGCUUGCAGUAGCUUUUCCCUUCUUCUUUUGUUUUGUUUUUUCUUGGUUUGUUUAGCGUUCUUCACGACGACGACGAUCGCUUGGUCGAAAUUCCAUCGCAGUUUCUUUAACGUCGUUCACAGCUUAUCGCAUGAACUCCAGCCAGUUAUUCUUCUUUCAGAUUUGCGAUCAAAGACAAAAAAAAAAAAGAAA